AUGCCAAUCAACUUCCUCGCCAGCCUCUACAUCGACGGGCCGCCGCCAUGGAUGCCGGCCACGUCGACGCUGCUCAAGUACGGCGGCACGCUCGCCGCCGUGACCCUCACUAAGCGCUACUGCAGCGGCGCGCCCAACACGGCCGAGCGCGACAUGCACGGCCGCGUCGUCAUGGUCACGGGCGGCACCUCGGGCAUCGGCGCCGUCGCCGCCUCGGAGCUCGCCCGCCGCGGCGCCCAGGUCGUCCUGCUGACGCGCCAGCCGCCCUCGGACCCCUUCCUGGCCGAGUACGUGCACGACCUGCGCGAGCGCACGGGCAACCAGCUCGUCUACGCCGAGCAGGUCGACCUCGCCUCGCUGCACAGCGUGCGCCUCUUCGCCACGCGCUGGGUCGACAACGCGCCGCCGCGCCGCCUCGACAUGGUCCUGCUCUGCGGCGCCACGCUGACGCCGCCGGGAGGCGCCCGCCAGGAGACCCCCGAGGGCGUCGAGCGCACGUGGAUGGUCAACUUCCUCGCCAACUUCCACCUGCUGGGCAUCCUGAGCCCGGCCCUGCGCGCCCAGCCCUUCGACCGCGACGUCCGCGUCAUCAUCCCCACCUGCUCGUCGUACAUCGGCUCCCCGCCCCUGGGCGUCGCCCUCGACGACAAGACCUGGACCCCGCGCAAGGCCUACGCCCGCAGCAAGCUGGCCCUCAUGGCCUUCGGGCAGGCCUACCAGAAGCACCUCGACGCCUACGAGCGGCCGGACAAGUUCCCCAUGAACGCCAAGGUCGUCUUCGUGGACCCGGGCUUCGCGCGGACGGCGGGCAUGACGCGCUGGCUCACGCGGGGCUCGCUGCUCGGCCUGCUCGCCUACGUCCUCCUGUACUUCUGGUCCUGGCUGCUGCUCAAGAGCCCCUUCAUGGCGGCGCAGUCGAUCCUCUACGCCGCCAUGGAGGGCAGCAUCCAGCGGGACCACGGGGGCAAGCUCAUCAAGGAGUGCAGGGAGGUCGACUUUGCGAGGACGGACGUCCAGGACGAGGCCAUCGCCAAGGAGCUGUGGGAGGCGAGCGACAAGCUCAUCGAGAAGACGGAGAAGCUGGCCGCGCAGAGGCGGGCCAAGGAGAAGAAAGAGGCCGAGAAGCGGGAGAAGGAGGCCAAGGAGGCCGAAAAGGCCCAGGAGAUCGAGUCGCUGGUCGAUGCGAUCAAGAAGGGCAAGGCGAAGCAGGCACAGGAGUCGGAAAAGACGGGAAAAGACAAGGACAAGGACAAGGACAAGGACAACAAGGCGAGGAAAAAGGCAAAGUUUAGUCAGAAGGCCAUUCCAUGA